GGCCCACGACGCGCUGCACGUCAUCACUCACAUGUACUUUGCCAUCGAGUAUCUCCACCAGCUCGGAUAUGUGCAUGGCGACCUCUCGAUCCGUAGCUUCUGCUUUGGUGAAGGUGAGAACGAGAACAACGUCUACAUGUAUCGCAGCAGCUACAUCAUCAGCAAGGAGCGCCCGGGCCCGAUCUACUACAACGGCCAGAACAACAUGUUCUGCCCCCGCACCGCCCACAAGCGCCAAGACUUUUGCCGUCGCGACGAUCUCGAGAGCUGGCUGUACAUCUCCGCCGACGUCUUUAUGGAAGGCAAUCCGCCGUGGCGACGCUGCAACAAGACCCGCAACCAGCAGAGCCCGGAGCCGAUCGCACUGCAGUGCAAGGAGCAAUUCUUCCAGAGCGGAGAAAAGAUCACCAACGACUUCUUCGAGGACGCGCCCAAGGAGAUGAAGGCGCUCGUGCCCCAGAUUGACGCGCUCGCCUUCGACCACGUGCCCAACUAUGACGCGUUCCGCGGCGCCCUCACCGCGCUGCGCAAGAAGCUGCCAAUGGGCAAGGCGCCGAAAUGGGCGGGCCAUUCGAGGACCAACGUCUACCCCAAGCGCCCCACAGUAAAGGCCACGAAGAAGAAGUCGAAGAAGAAGAAGAAGGGCAACCAGAGCCGCGAGCAGACCGAGGACGAGGAGGAGGAGGAGGAGGAGUCGCAGGUGAACAAAAAGAGGAAGAGGAAGUCGGGGAAGAAGAGCCAGGGCAAGCAGCUGAAGCGCAAGGCCUCCCGUGAAAACGUCUCGGCCGAACAGGAGGAGGGCGAAGAGAAGGACAACUACAUCAACAUCAACCUGUUGCGAAAGGCCGUCGCCAGUCAGAAGGAUGCGGACGACGAGCCGGCGAGGAAGGCCAAGAAGGCGAAGCGGCUC